UAAGAUUACACGAGCUUUUAACUCAACUUACAGGUGCGAUAAGCACCAUCUCGUAUUGAGGCUUCAACCGUGCCGAAUCGAUUUCCAUUAUGCCAGCCUACAGAUGGGUAAACCGUGUCAGCGGUCAGUCGAUGCCAGAAAAUGCGGUCAUCGGCGGUCGUGACUCUGACGGAACCACACUUUACGUCGGUAGAGCCUUCCACGAUGGCGACAUGAUUCCGGCGAAAGUGAUUCCUGAAAAAAAUGUCGCCUACGUUUGUCACAACGGCGAGGAGCAUCCCAAAGACAAUUACGAGGUCCUCUGCAAAGGGGAAUUCGCAUGGGAGUUCUGCAGCAACGGUGAGGUACCAGCGGAUGCGAUAAUCGCCGGUCAAACCGCGGACGGAGAACCUCUGUACGUUGGCCGUGUCCUCCAUAGUGGAGCUCAAACGAUUGGCAAGGUACAACCGAGUCACGGAUGCCUGUACAUUCCGUUCGACGGCGAGGAGCUGUCGUUCAAGGAUUACGAAGUACUCGUCAUGCAUUAACUCUAUUGCGGAUGCCCGAGGAUUGAAGAUGUAAUACGCAUUUUAUAUACACGACCGUGCUUAAUUGAGCCAGGCAACACAAGCUCCAAACAAGCCGCUUAAGCUAGAACUGAAUGGAAAGUUAUUGAACAAAAUGCUCCGUUUUCUAAACAUUUGUAAAAAUUCACUGAAAUAAAACAAAAAGAAAAAACGAA